ACCUUGCUGUAACCGUCAGAGCGUCACCCAUUCGGAGAAACUGUAUUUUAUUCUUUGUUUUGGCGCACUGCUGUGCGCACUUCUUCUUUUUGACUUUUUGUUUACUCUUUCUAUUCUGUGCGGGAAAGGUGCUUGAACUUUACUAAAUAACAAUUGCUGACAUUUCUAGGUACCGCGAAGAAAGGCCGUGCUGGAAUAUGUAUAAGUAGCAUACCAUGGUGAAUGUUGACAGUAUUCAUCCAGCAAUACGAAGUUCUCGCGAUGGUGUUUUCAAGAGAACUUUUUGCGUGUGUUUCCAUCCUGGUGCUGACUCAUAGCACUACUUCAGGAACUAUGGAUGAAUCACGUAAACAGCGUUCGCAAAAUUGGUGGGAGGUAUUAUACGAUAGAGCAAAAAUGCCUGUUAUUGGAAGGAAUGUUUCCAUGGACGCCUAUGUAUUCUACGAUGAGACAUAUAAUAUGUCAACGUCAGGUGAUGACAACUACAGCACGCAAUUAUUUGAAGAGGUUCAAUCAUAUCUUCACAACCGCUCAAUAAUGGUAAAUAUAACCGUAAAACUGGCUGUUGAGAAAAAGAAUCUGACUGUUUAUUUUGAAGGUACCCAUAUAAUGGAUGGCAAUCACACACUGGAAAACCUGACAAAAUUUGGAGAGUCUAUGAAAAAGCCUAAGAACUCCGUCUUUUUUCUAUUCAGUUGGGCGACAGAAGUUCAAGACGAGAGAACAGCUGGGCUAAUAGAUUUCAUUUAUCCUUCUGACCCACAUCGCCUAGGUGUGUCCGAAGUAGCCACGGAAAACACAUUCUGCACGACAAACACAAGUGCAGCUGUCAUAAGACAUAAACAUAAGAGUAAAAAUUUUUGGAGCACAACAAGAGCCUUACUGACUGUAUUUGGAUCAAGGCACUUCUUGAAUUUUACGAAGAAGGACUGGGACACCAUGAAUGAGACCUUCUCGAGAUGCCGCCACUUGGGAGAACUUGAAGAUAUGCCGGCAUGCUGACGACAAAAGGCUGACAGCCAGGCAGCGACACAUCUUCUUAUUUUCCUCUCUAAAAUCUGAUAAAAUCAAGAUGCAAUGCUAACGUAUAAUCUGAUAUGUGGAAAUAAAAUUGGUAUAAAUGGUUGUUUUAAGUCAACCUAUCUUAUGCACGCCGUUGUGGCAGAUCCAGAA